AUGUCGCACAAUUUCAAUAUCGCCAUCGUGGGGGCAGGGCCGGUGGGCUGUCUACUGGCUCGCCUGCUUCUUAACUGUCCAAGAGUGCGGGUGGUCAUAUAUGAGGCUGAUAUAUCACCUAAUAGUCGAGGACAAGGCGGCACACUCGAUUUGCACGCCGGCACAGGCAUCGUGGCGUUGAAAAAAGCUGGUCUCUAUGAGGAUUUCCUUCGCCAUGCUCGCUUCGACGGAGAAGCAUUGCUUUUGUGUGACAAACGCCUGACCGGAUACCUGCAAUUUGCAAAAGGAGCGUCUGGUAAUAGCCGUGGCAGUCCAGAGAUCGACCGCGUGGUCCUUCGGCAGGUAUUGCUUGAUAGUCUGCCACCGGACACCAUACGCUGGGGCCACAAACUUCUGGGUGUAUCCAAUGGGAAUGUCCUGCAUUUUGCCCAAGGAACCGAGCAGGGGUUCGAUCUGGUGGUGGGAGCAGACGGCGCCUGGAGUCGGGUCCGCCGGUAUUUAACGCCAGAACGUCCGUCAUUUUGCGGUAUCGAGGGUUAUGCUUUCAGUAUCCCUGAUGCUGCCCAGGCCGCCCCAAAGGUUUCUGAACUCGUCAACCGAGGAUCCCUCUACGCGUACUCCGACGGAAAAGCGCUGAUGGGACAACAGCUCGGGGAUGGUAGCAUUCAGGUGUCCGUGUAUACCACACAAAGCCAAGACGAUGAUGCGCUUUCCUCGGCGGAUGAUGAAAGUCGGCGCUAUCAGAUUGCCAGGCAAUUUAGCGACUGGGCACCGGAGCUUCUUGAACUCUUGGCACCCACUAGUGAAUACGAAAUGGCUCGGCGUAUCUACACGCUUCCGGUUGGGUUUCAAUGGCCUGGCCAUCCGGCUAUCACUCUCGUGGGGGAUGCAGCCCACCUCAUGCCACCAUUCGCUGGAGAAGGCGUGAAUCUGGGGUUCGAGGACGCGAUGAAGCUCUCGGAUGCGAUUCGGGGGUUCAUCGAUGGCAGAUAUAAUAAUACACUUGGAGAGACAUUGCGUGUAUAUGAGAAAGACGCUUUUCAACGGGCGAGUAGAGGUCAGGAGCUGAGUGUUGGCGUGAUGCAGGACAUGUUCUUUACCCCUGGAGCACCGCGAACGGUGAUCGAACGGUGGAUGAUCCGGCACAUUCGCUAUCGGAUUCACCCAUGGGCUUUCCCUAUAUUAUACCCUAUCAUCGUGCGAUUAGCUCCUCAGGAUCCCAUAGAGUCGAACUCACUCAAUGGGGACAGGAAAGCGGCGUUCAGUGUAUCGGACGAAGAAAAGGCCUCUCCAUCCGCGACCGAACCUGUCUACGAUGGUGACCAGUAUUUGGGCCAAGCGCCCACCGAGGAGGAAUUAAAUACUUUACGCAAGGUCCCUGGCCCGGUAUCAGGGUCUGGAUAUUGGCUCUGCACCGUUGAGUUUGCAGAGCGCGCCUCCUACUAUGGCUGCACCUGGGUCUUUCAGAAUUUCAUUCAAUAUCCUCUACCCCCAGGUGGGAAUGGUGCGGGAGCGUCGGCGCCAGGGUCGGAGAAGCCAGCAGGAGCAUUGGGCCAGGGAUUGCAGAUCUCGUCUGCACUGACGCUGUUGUUCAAGUUCCUUGCGUACUGUAUUCCCAUCUUUGGCGGCUGGCUAGCUGAUACGAAACUGGGACGAUAUAAGACAAUCUGUAUCGGUGUCGCCAUUUGCGGUGUUUCGCAUAUUAUCAUGGUGGUCGGUGCGAUCCCGAGCAUAUUGCAGGCGGGCCAUGGCAUGGCUCCGUUCAUUGUCAGUCUGAUGAUUCUCGCAAUAGGAGCCGGUAUAUUCAAACCGAAUAUCUCCCCGACUGUCAUGGAACAGGUCACCUUUAAGCAUCCUUACAUUAGAACGCUCAAGUCCGGAGAACGGGUCAUUGUUCACCCCGAAACCACGAUCCAGCGACUUACACUUACAUUUUACGCUCUGAUCAAUGUGGGCGCUUUCUUUGGGCUGGCGACCAGCUACUCCGCGAAGCGUGUCGGGUAUUGGCUGGCAUUCCUCCUUCCCGGCAUUAUCUACUUCUUGAUGCCAAUUAUCCUGGCCUUGGUAUACAAGAAGACGAUCAAAACGCCCCCACAAGGGAACAUUCUCGGAGACACCUUGCGUGUCAUCAAACUAGCUAUCCAACAGAACGGGUUCCGGAAGUUCGGAUCGGAGGCCUAUUUCGACUCAGUCAAGCCAUCGGAGCUUGCGCGCAAGGGCAUUGCCUCAUAUAAGGGGAAGCCGAUCAGCUGGAAUGAUGGGUUCGUGGACGACGUUCGACGCACGCUGGUGGCCUGCCAGAUCUUCCUCUUCUAUCCCCUCUACUACCUCAACAACGGAGGCAUCGGAAGUAUCACCAACUCCCAAGCGGGAUCCAUGACAACUAAAGGUGCACCGAACGACCUCGUCAGCAACUUCAAUCCUCUAACUAUUAUCAUUGCAUCGCCAAUUCUCAACUACGGUCUCUACCCCUUACUCCGUAAACAUCGGAUCGAAUUUGGCCCCAUCAAACGCAUCACCCUCGGCUUCAUCCUCGCAGCUCUAAGUUGUGUCGUCGGUGCCCUCCUCCAAUGGCGCGUCUACGAAACCUCACCUUGCGGCUACUACGCGACAGAAUGUGACAUCGGCAACGGUGUCUCCACCCUCUCCGUCUGGGCUCAGAUCCCAAUGUACGUUCUUCAGGCCCUAUCGGAGCUCUUCGCCGUCGUCAGCGGCUACGAGCUGUCCUUCUCCCGGUCACCGAAGAGUAUGCGCGCGUUGGUCGUCGCUCUCUUCCUUUUCAUGUCUGCUGUCUCGUCCGCAAUUAGUCAGGCUGUUGUUCCGGCGUUGGCGGAUCCGCAUCUGAUUUGGCCGUUUGUGGGCACUGCUGUCCCGGGAGUGCUUCUUGCGGGGGUGUUUUAUUGGAUGUAUCGGGAUCUGGAUAAGGAGACGUUCCUGCGGGAGGAUUCAGAGAGCCAGCAGGAGAUCCUGUCGGAGAAGGACAAAAACUAG